CCUCCCUCCGCAUCCUCCACCCUCUCCAUCCCCCAACAAUUUCCCCUCAUACGCCUUCUAUUCGUUACGCUCUUUGUACUUCCUUUUCUUUUGGUGCCUAGACGCACUUUUGUCCUUCUACUUCGGAAUUCUCCAGUCGCCGCUCGCUACGUCGUCGACGUGGCCUCACGGCCCCCGCCAUGUCUGAAUUCCUUGGAUCCCGCAUUUCUCUCAUCUCCAAGAGCGAUAUUCGCUACGUGGGCACUCUGCACGAGAUCAACUCGGACGAGUCGACAGUGUCUCUCGAAAAUGUCCGCUCAUUCGGCACAGAGGGUCGCAGGGGCAAGCCCGACGAGGAGAUUUCUCCAUCAGAUCAAGUCUACGAGUACAUCGUCUUCCGCGGCAGCGAUGUCAAGGAUCUGCGGAUUGAAGAGCACCCCGCCAUCAAGGAGAACAAGCCUCCUGUGAUGCCCGACGAUCCUGCCAUUGUCGGUGCCCGAGCUCGCCCUGGAGCACAAGGAGCAGCUCAAAACCCUCCCCCGGGAGCUCCUCCGGGAGCCCCAGGGUUUCAACAACACCCAUAUCCCCCCAACAACUUCUAUGGUGGCCCUCCGCCUCCAGGAUCCUGGGGACGGGGUGGUCCCGCCCCUAUGGCUGGACCAGGUUUUGGCAACAUGUACCCUCCGCCACCAGGCUGGUUCCCUCCGGGCCAGGGCUUUCCUCCCGGACCCGGCGGUCCGGGUCCAUGGGGCAACGCACCGUUUCCUCCGGGUCCUGGUGGCCCCCCGGGUCCCGACGCCACUCAAGGCCAGCGGGGUGCACCCGAACAGCCCUCAUCGGCCCAGGACUCCAAACCUCCUCCCAUUGGACCCGGUGCAGACAAGCCCAGAGGAGCUCCCCCGACAGAGCCAAAGUCGCACGCUCAAGCUGCAAGACAACCCCCCAACGCACCAACUCCUCCCGUCGAGUCCAAGCCGUCAGCCGAGGAGGUCAAAGCGGCUGCCACAGCGGUCCCACCGAAUGGCGCUGGGAAGGCAACCGAUGCGCCCAAGGGCAUUCCCACUGGUCCCAGGGGCAACAACCGUGUCCAACCCGUUAUCCCCCUCUCAGGCCCUACGACCAAGCCUUUCCAGCCUCCCUUUGCGAUGGAGAAGGCAGCUCAAGCUGCUUCCCAGCCUUCAGCCGCAGGACCAAGCAGCGUACAGGAUGCUACGAGUGCAGCCAGAGCGGCCGUGGCCUUGGCGAUGGCGCAACUGAGCAACCCCGGCGGGAAUGCCAUGGAUAACCUGACUAACAAGGUCAACGAGAUGCGCGUCAACGCCAACGCCAACGCCACUAGAGGCAGCACUGCGAACCGUGGCCGUGGGCGCGGCGGCGGCCGUCCGGCCAAGGUUGAAGUCCCCGAUGCGGACUUUGACUUUGCUCAGUCGAACGCCAAGUUCAACAAGGAAGAGCUCGUCAAAGAAGCCGGCGCAGGCUCUCCGGCGAACGAGCCUGCUGCCGCGCCUGCAGAGGAAGGUUCGGAGCCACAGGAUGGCGCCGCCGCUCCGGUGGCAUACAACAAGUCAAGAUCCUUCUUCGACAACAUCUCGAGCGAAUCCAAGGAGAGAGCCGAAAACAACGGUCAGAAGCCCGGUGGCCGCGAGUGGCGCGGCGAGGAACAACGGAGGAACAUUGAGACGUUUGGCCAAGGAAGCGUCGACGGCGGUUACCGAAACUACCGUGGACGUGGUCGCGGACGCGGAACCCGAGGAGCAGGUCGCGGCUUUAGCCGUGGUGGACGAGGAGGUCCCCGCCCUCAGUUUCAGCCCGCGGCCGCUGGCCAAUAGGAACCAUUCGCUCUCAUGCAACCACU